AUGGAUCGAAGGACGCUCACGAUAGAGGAGAUGCAGAAAGGGCUUGCUGAACUGGAUAGUGCCAUGGGGGAGAAUGAGAUGAUAUACGCCUUCUCUCCAAUCACCGUGAUCUCACCCGGCGGCUUUCUGGCCGUCUCGUACUUGAAAAGCCGCGAAACGACAGAGGACAUCGAUAUCAUAAUUGACCCCCAAUGGACUGGGGACAAGGACAUCAUCCCUGCACUGCGGAGCCUAUUCAUAGCGGUGGGUGAUAAGCUGGAGCUGGGCGAAAAGUGGAUGAACGACGACGUCUCCCUGUUUCUCACCCAGAGUGCCCGCCAACAGCUCUUCGACGCUGCCGGAGAACAGAACAUAGUCCUCUAUGAUGGACCAAAUCUCAAAGUGCUCGGAGCCCCGUUAGAGUGGGGGCUCGAAUCAAAGUUGAGGCGAAUAGACAGCAAACCCCAUCAUCCAAAGGUUGCAACAGAUAUACAAGAUAUCCUCGUCAUCUUGAAACUAUUAACAGACCGCAAUAAAGGGCCGUUAGAUCGGCGGCGGGUACGAGAGAGUAACUUGAAUGGCUUUGAUAUACUGCCGAGCGAACAGACGCUUAACCGUGUAGCUGAUGCAUACCGAGAAAAGUAUGGGGAGGAGGCCUUUUGUUAG